AAUUUGUUUGGGAGGUGUGCAUAUGGUUGGGAAUUUAACACCGAAGACCUUGAAAUUCUAUCAUCCAAGCCACACGUUAUCACAGAUAAAGCAUUGUCAGAGAUCGAUAAUAAAAUUGAAAGAGCGAUCAAGAGGAUGGGUGAACACGAGGUAGCUUUAAUCACCAUAAGUCUUCCAUCUCCCAACGACUCAAUAACAAUAAAAUUCAAAGCAACAUUGACGAAACACAUACCAACGAAACCUAUCUGGCUGUGGACCCCAGAAGAAAAAUACCAGACAGCUCUGAAGUACAAAAACAUGGCAGUAUCACUGGUUCGUGACAACAGACUGAAAGACGCCUUCUACAGGUUUAGUAAAGCCUGCAAAAUCAUCAUCUCCAUGGAGCCCAUUGAACCUGAUCUAGAGCUCUCAGAAGAGAUGAACAAGAAAAUACGAGAGUUGAGGACGAGCCUCUACAACAACAUGGCAAUGUGUCAGCUGAAAUACAAUAAUUACGAACAUGCGAUUGAGUUGUGCACUAAAGUACUUCAGAGGGACGAAAAUAACGUGAAAGCUCUUUAUCGGAGGGGCUGUUCUUAUGGGGGCACUAGGAAUAACGAAAAGGCGAUCGAGGACUUGCAGAGAGCUAUCGAACUAGAACCUAACAACACUGCUGUCAGGGAGAAGUUGAGGAUUUAUAGUGAAAAGUGGAGAUUGGCGAAGAUUGAGGCUGAUGAUAUGGUUAAACGAAUGUUUAGAACUUGAAUAGUUUAUUUGAGAGGAUGGGGCAGUGUUCAGGACUUUCGGAAUUUAAUAGAAUUCACGUAGUUUAGGAAAACUUCUUGGAAAGAUUCGUCCCGUUUUCUCUGAUUGAAAAUGUAGACGUUUUAUUGAGAAUAUAAUUCAAAAAGGAAGUGCUGGGAGAAAUCAGUAAAUUCUCAUGGAGAAUUAGACUCUAGUAAAUAUUUCGGUGGUGAAAGGAGCCUACGAAAUUUUCUCAAGUGGAAUUAUUCCAGCGAUAGAAAAAAAAUUUCAAUAUUCUUCAUUAUCUUCUUUCUUUAUUAAAAAUUCUGAGACGUGUCCGAGUCAAAGAAUUAACAUUUUUCAUUUUUACUACGCAUCCCUGUGAAUGAAUUUCAUAUGAUUGGAUAGAUUAAAAAUCACCUAAUUUAGUAAACCUUUUGGAAAAAUGUUUUUGCCUUUUUCUCUUGAAAAUAUAGAAACGAAUUAAGAUUGUAAUAAAAAAUUAAAUAGUGCAGCGAUAGAACUAUUUGAGUCAAUUGAAUUUUUGCAUACAUUUUUUCGAAAAAAAUUGGACACUUUUUUUUCUAUUUCGAGAAAGAUAAAAAAUGAGCGAGUUAUAAACGAUUGAAAAAAUCUGCAUUAUGACGUCACACAUUACUUGAACUGUAAACAAUUUUUCCAUUUUUCAUAAUAAAAAAAAAGUAUCAGAUAUUUCUUACUUCAGUCAAAUAAAUUCAUGCAAAAUUCCAAUUGAAGCGGAAAAAUUAGAUUUUCAGAAACCCAUAUUUCCCCUAGAUUCAGAGAUAUUCAUUGAAGUCAUUCUAAAGUUAACGUAUCUCCGUACAUAAUUAAAUUGUUAUCACCUUCAUUGUCAUCCCUAUGUAAAUAAAACGCCAUCGAUGUUCAAUAAAUUCGUACAACUCAAUUCA